GAGAACUUAUAACAAACACAAAUGAGGAUGAUUAAUAGAACACACCUAAAAACUCCUGGGUUAUUUCUUCAACCCAUUUUCUGGGUUAUUCGUGUUGGGUUAAAAUUAUGGGUUAUUAUUUCAGAGAGUAACCAUUUUCUGGGUUAUGUGUAAUAUUUUGACCCAAUUCCUGGGUUGUUUGGGUUAUUUUCUCUGUCUCUCUCAGCGGAAGUUGGGUGAGUGGAGGCGAGACUGGAUUCGCGUGCGUGUUUUUUGCAUGGAAGACCAAAGGAAACAACGGUUACCAUUUUACACGAUUCUCUUCAUGACAUUGGGGCAUCUUAACACAUCGUCUCCUCCACCAACAGCAGCACCUCUCUUUCACAGGUCUUUUGUGCUGUUAUGGAAUGCUCCUGUUUCCAAAUGCCAAACAUUGAAUAUCCCUCUAGAUUUAUCGAUGUUCCAGGUUGUCACCACACCUUCCAGGGUACGCAAUCAAUCCCUGACCCUGUUCUACCAAAAACGACUUGGGCUUUACCCCUAUGUAGACCUCCACUCCUUGAAGGAGAUUAACGGUGGCAUCCCACAAAGGGGCAACCUGUCUGCUAGUUUGGAGAAAUCUAAGGAAGAGUUUACCCAAUACAUUCUGGACUCAACUGCUGGUCUGGCUGUCAUGGAUUGGGAAGAGUGGCUUCCAACGUUUGACCAGAAUUUGGACAUCAGGGAGAUAUAUAAAGAACUGUCCAUCAACUACACCCUGGAACAGAACGCUUCUCUUAACCUGCAAGAAGCAAGCAGCGAAGCCAAACAACAAUUCCAGAAGGAAGCCAGAGGUUUCAUGGAGGAAACUCUGAAGAUAGGAAUCUAUCAUCGGCCUUUGUACCUUUGGGGCUACUACUUGUACCCAGACUGCAAUAAUAAUCACUUUGAAAGGUCAAAUUAUACAGGUACUUGUUCAGAGAAGACAAAAGAGUUGAACAACAAGCUGCUGUGGCUGUGGGAUGUUAGCACCGCCCUUUACCCCUCAGCAUACCUGCCGGUCUCCGUGAGUGGAAGCAGGAAAGCUGCACUGUUCGUACGUCACCAGGUGCAAGAGGCAAUGAGGGUGGCAGCCCUGCCAAAACACAACCACACUGCACCAGUCUACGUUUACCUACGGCCUCUCCUAAGAGCCCAAAAGGAGCUUUACAUGAAUGAGUUUGACUUGGUCAGCAGUAUUGGAGAGAGUGCAGCUCUGGGGGCUUCUGGGGCAGUGCUGUGGGGGGCUAGUGCUGAUUACAACGACGAGACCUCGUGUGAAGCCUUGUCUACAUACCUGUCGGACACUUUAAACCCCUAUAUCGCCAAUGUCACCUCUGCAGCCCAUUUAUGCAGCAAGAGUCUCUGUCAAGGCAAUGGACGUUGUGUCCGCAAAAACUACGACUCGGACGAUUACCUACACAUUAGUUCAGAAAGCCACCAAAUCCUUAGGAAAGAUGGGAAAUAUGUUGUCACAGGUAGCCCUUCCCCAAGUGAAUUCACUUACUGGGAAAAUAAAUUUACCUGUCAGUGCUAUGAAGACAGAAAUUGCACAGCUACAACACCUUCUUUCUGACAGAAAAUGUUCUAGAAUAAGCUGACAAAUUUAGUGUAUUUGAAAAGAGUAUCAUUCAUUUAGUUACUUUAUAAUUUGUCUUUAAUAAAAAGUGACUGAAUAUAACAAGCAAUAAAAAAAAUUUGCUUUGAGAUAACAGAAAAUCAAUAAGAUCUUUCUUCAUCAUGACCACAACAAUGUAACAUAUGACCAAUUUAUGCAACAAUUUAACAUUAUAUAUUGAACAGUUGUAGACUUCACAGUGUCCGAAUAAUCACAACAUGUUCAUUUUUUUUAACCACUAAUGAUAUUUUCAGAGCACAUGAAUUUGUCAUUCAUUAAAACUGUCAAAUGAUGUCACAGAAUGUCAAAUCAUCACGAUUUUAAACAACUUUUGAUAA